AUGGGGCUCCUAGGAGAAGGCCUAGGCUGUAUGGGUUCUUUAGCAGAGCUCUGCCAGGGAGCUGUGAUCCAUGUUGGGGAGCUACUGGGAGCAGAGGGUGGUUCACUCUCUCUUGUACGGAAACACUGUGGUGGAAGGAGUAGCUUGGAAGACGUGAUAGCCCUAACAUCACUGGGGCACUUGAAUGAGGGAAACCCAUACAGCCAAGCUCAUCUAGAACUGGUAAAAGGGAUCAUGGGAUGCGUAAUGGCUACAGGUUCACCAAUAAAUCUAAGAGAUGCAUCUGAGGACCCCAGAUUCAACUUAGCCAACGAUCAAACAUCAAAGAUCAGGACGGUUCUGAGUGUUCCUAUCAGCAACCACAGAGGAGAGGUGGUAGGUGUCCUGGUAAUGAUCAACAAAAGAAAUAGUUGCGAUGGAUCACGUUCUGUUUUCACAAACGUAGAUGAAAAGGUGUUGUCAAAUCACAUGGAUGUGUUGGGGAUUGUCCUGGAUAAUGUCCAGCUGUAUGAAAGUGCGAGACAAGAGGCUAAACGCAGUCAGGCUUUGAUAGAGAUGGCACAAGUACUUUCAAAGGAGCACCAUUCCCUUGAAGUUAUGCUGAGUAAGAUGGCUGCCACCAUCAUGCCCUUUACACACGCUCAAUACUGCACCAUCUUUAUCCCCAGCGAGCAAACUUCAGACACUGAAGAAAAGACUUUAUUCUCAAGAGUGAUACAUUUGGAAUGUGAGGAGCUCGGAUCAACCUGCCAGAUCUACAGAAGGGAGCAUGACCUCAGGAAUAUAGAUCCAUCAUAUGCCUUUCGAACCCUGACUUCUAUGGAAACACUUAAUAUGUCGAAGAGUUCUGAUGAAUUGAAAAGGAGUGUCAUCUGCUGCCCUGUUAGAAAUGAGAGAUCUGAAAAUGUUAUCGCUGUGUGCCAGCUGAUGAACAAACAAAGCAGAGACUCGGAUGAAAUGGAAGCCUUUAACCGAUAUGACGAGCGCCUUCUGGAAGACCUGGCAGUGUAUUGUGGCCUGGCUCUACAGUAUGCUCAGGCGGUCCAGAUCACUGAGGAGCGGAGGGCCAGUAUAGAGGUCACACAGGAGGUCCUUGCCUACCACAUCACUGCAGCAGAGCAGGAAAUCCAGGCACUGCAGGAGGCCACCAUUCCUUCUGCUGAAUCGCUGAAUAUUCUAGACUUCCAUUUCUCUGGUUUCGGGUUGCCAGAAGACGCGACAACACAAUCCACGAUUCGCAUGUUCCUGGAUCUCAAUUUGGUGCAGGAUUUUAACAUAGACUACAAGAGUCUUUGCCAGUGGGUUUUGACUGUGAAACGUGGCUAUAGGAACAACGUGCCCUACCACAACUGGCACCAUGCAGUGAGCACUGCUCAAAGCAUGUUUGCAAUGCUCAUGGCAACAGACCAACUCCAGACCAUUUUUUCUCGUCUGGAGAUCUUAGCAUUGAUGAUAGCCACUCUGAAUCAUGAUGUCGAUCACAGAGGAGUUAAUAAUUCCUUCAUAGAAAGGACUCAUCAGCCUUUAGCUCAGUUGUAUGGACACUCCUCUCUUGAGAACCACCACUACAACCUGUGUGUCUUCAUCCUAAACAACACUGGGAGUCAAAUUCUUAGCGGUCUGUCUGCUGAAGAGCACAAAGCUCUAUUACACAUAAUCAAAAGGGCAAUCCUUGCCACAGACCUGACCGUCUACAUGGAAAGAAGAAAAGAGUUCUUUUCUCUCACUAACAAAAGCGGAGUGAGCUGGAAAAGUGAGAAACAAAGAGACUUGCUCAGGUCAAUGCUGAUGACAGCCAGUGACCUCUCUGCUAUCACAAAGCCUUGGCCUGAACAAAAAAGAAUUGCCAGACUGGUUGCCAUGGAGUUCUUUGCACAGGGGGACAAAGAGAGGGAAGAGUUCAAAAUCAAACCCAUUGACAUAAUGAACAGAGAAAACAGCACUCGACUGCCAUAUAUGCAAGUUGAAUACAUUGAUGAGGUCUGCUAUCCACUCUACAAGACUGUAUCGAGGCUGUUUGACUCCUGCUCUCCUUUGCUAAAUGGGUGUAAGAAGAACAGAGAAAACUGGCUGCAACUUGCUGAUGAACAAGAAAAAGAAAACAAUGAAAACAUUAGUACAGACUCAUCACUGCAUGAAGACUUUAAGGGAGCGACACAGACAGACCAAUGAACAGCGGACUGGAGAGAAGAUGAAGACACGUGGCUUCAGAGGCUAAAAGGAGGCUUGCCCGUAUGCUUCUUGUUCAUUCUUCUAACUGAAGACUGACCUAUUGCUCACACAUCAGAACUUUGAUGAGCAAACUCGUUAAUAUGUUAUGCAGUGGCCCUCACGGUUAUGAUUAUUCCUGCACUUGUACUGCAAAUAACUUAUUGUGCCACAUAUAUAAUAGUAAAUUAAAUGCAUUUACUGUAUGUAAAAAGGUACUAAAUAGCUUCUCAAAGUACUUUACACUAAAAGCUACAUUCACAUUUAUAUUCUCUGUGUAUGGAGUGUUUAGUUAGGGGAUGAACUGCUCUGCCUUUGCAUUGAUCCUACAUUAAUCUGUUUAUUUAGCAGUGAAGCUGUGAAAGUCUGAGAAAUUACUUUGAUUAUUUGCACACCAUAUCUGUAUUUGUAUUUUUAUCUGUGCUACACUCAGUUUCAGAAGACCUGUAUUGCUGUACUGCUUCCUUUCCACAUACCAUCAAAUUAGUACAGUGAUCUAUAGCACAAUCAAUUUUGUGAACUUGUAUUCAACUAUUUAUUUUAUUAGAUUACUGACAUCUACAUAUUUCUUUUGAUCUGAUUUGACUUUGUUUCCAUAAUGGCUCUUUGGAGCACUUUGACCCUGUGCUAAUUCUAUUAAUUGUUCCCCUUUAUUGGCUCUGACUUACAAGGUCUUGAAAUUUAGCAGAACUGAUAACAACUAAUGUUAUU